AUGAUGUACCUCAUCGUGUUGGCUUUUAUUUUCAAUGGUUGCACAGCCAACAAAGAUGCAGAUUCUUUGAUUCAAAAAUCAUGCAAACAAGCUUCAGAGUCUCCAGGUGCAGACAUGAUUCCAGAUUUCGAAAGAGUUUGCAUUGCAUCUCUGAAAGAGAAUCCGGAGAGCCAGAAAGCGAGAAAUCUCGGUGAUUUGACCAUGGUAGGAGCAAAUAAUGCAAUAUCAAACUUAACAAACGUGAAAAGAAUGAUAGAGAAAAUUAUACAAGAGAGAAAAUAUAAGAAUAAUCUUACUAAGAAGUUGUUGGACGAAUGCCUUAAGCUUUACUCCAAUAGCUUUAAGUCAUUAAAUUCAGGUUUGAAUUACGUCAAAGUGCGAAAUUUCGAUAAGGCUACAUUUGAAUUUAUGUAUGCUGAGGAUGGACCAGCAUUCUGUGGAUUGAAAUUCAACGGCGACAAUCAACAGAUAUCUCCUGUGAAAGAAGAGAAUAUCUUUCUCGUGACAAUGCUCAAAAUUCCUGUGGCGUUAGCUAUGAAGGCCACACCACCAAAAAGGAAGAAAUAA